GAUCGCCCUUUCUCUAUCCCACACACACACACACCCACUCAUAAACAUCGCCACAACCACCACCGCCGCCACCGCGUGUGUCAUCUCUUGGUACAUCGACACACUGUUCUUGUGAACCGCGCUCGCCACUGAGGUACGCAGGAAACGAGGACAAGAUGGCGGAAAUCGCCAUAAAGGUCAAGCACCAAGGCAAGGUCCAUGACCUGGAGGUGGACGUAGAGAAUGGUACCGGCGAGGAUCUGAAGGUUCAAUUAUACUCUCUCACCGGUGUCGAGCCCGACUACCAGAAGAUUGUGGCGAAAAAGAUGGUCAAAGACGACACGCUGCUCAAGUCACUGGGCCUCAAGCCCGGACAGACCAUCACCCUCAUUGGCAAUCCUUCGGACAAGGUCGUGAUCGAUGCGCCAACGGAGAAGAUGAAGUUUGCGGAAGACAUGACCGAAGCCGAACUUGCACAGCAGGAGGGCGCUAUACCUGCUGGCCUGCAGAAUAUGGGCAACACGUGCUAUGCGAACGCCACGCUCCAGACGCUACGCGCUGUGCCGGAGCUGAUCGAAGAGUUGAAGGUCUAUAAACCCGCUGCGCCGACUGCUGGUCCAUCCUCGUCACUCUUCUCAGCGGAGCAGCUGGCACAGCACGGGUUGGGAGGUCUCAGCGGCGGCUCGGACCUGACUUCUGCGUUGGGAGACCUUUUCCAGCAGAUGAACGAGACUCAGCAAGGUUUUCCGCCUCUCAUGUUCCUGACGGCACUCCGGCAGAAGCACCCACAGUUCGCGGAAAGGGCAAAGAAUGGACAUGGCUACGCGCAGCAGGAUGCCGAAGAAGUCUGGUCGCAGCUAGUACAGAACCUGAGAGACACACUCAAGCUGAAGGAUGACCCAAAUGGCUACAAAACUUGGGUGGAUAAAUACAUGGGCGGCAAAUUUGAUGUCACCACCACCUGCAAGGAAGCACCGGACGAGGGAGUCUCUACUAACAGUGAGGACUUCAACGACUUGAAGUGCAACAUCAAUGUGGAGGUCAACCACAUGCGGGAAGGUAUCAGCAUCGCUCUGAACGAAGAACUGGAGAAGAAUUCGCCUUCACUAGGUCGCACCGCUAUCUAUGCCCGCCAAUCUGAUAUCUCGCGAUUGCCGAAAUACCUGCCCAUUCACUUUGUACGCUUUUUCUGGCGCAAAGACACCGGCAAGAAGGCCAAGAUCUUGCGAAAAGUCACUUUCCAGCACGAGAUUGAUGUUACGGAAUUCUGCACAGACGAGCUUCGCAAGAAGCUUAUCCCAGUCCGCGACCAUAUCCGCGAGGUGCGUAAAGAGGAGGAAGACGUAGUGCGUGCGAAGAAGAGACAAAAGCGCAUCAACCAGCAGAUUGAGGAUGCAUCCAAAGACGCAAAGGUGCGUGGCGAUGAGCCCCUCCAGAAGAAACUGCAAAAGGAGAAGGAGCGUGAGUCAAAGGCCACGGGGCCUGACUCUGAAGCUGAGUUGGCCCAGCAGAAGAAGUCGAAUAGUGCUCAGAAGGAUACAGCAAUGGGAGGUACUGAGGAGGAAGAGGUGUAUAAGACAGAUGAGCAGAUUGAGCAGGAACGUGCGGCGUCGAUCCUCGCAUCGAAGAAGGAGCUCCUCAAACUUGUGCAUCCAGACUUGGCGAAGGAUCCUGCCUCAAACCAGACUGGACUGUAUGAGCUUCGAGGUGUGGUCACCCAUCAAGGGUCCUCUGCAGAUUCUGGACAUUACACAGCCUACGUGAAGAAGACUGCUGCACCGGGGAAGGAGGAGGAUGGCAAAUGGUGGUGGUUCAACGACGACAAGGUGCAGGAGGUGGACAGUGAGAAGAUUGAGACACUCUCUGGCGGUGGCGAAACGCAUAGCGCUCUAAUCUUGCUCUACAGGGCUGUGCCAUUGCCGGAGGUUUAGAGUAUGCCAUCACGAUGCCAUGAUUCAGCGAUGCAUACAUGUAUGCACCAUGAUUGAAUGCAUUGCGAAUAAUAGAGUUUCAACAAAGAUUCCGAAUGUCCU